UGUCACUUUUAAGUGACAAGUUAAACACUGCAUGUUCAGGAACGUAACACGUGUCUUUAAAAUGUCAAGUAGCAUAUUUGCUGGAAAGAAAGUCGCAAUUUUAGGAUUUUCAAUACUUUUCGUGUGGGCGAGCGCAGUAAAUCUUGGCAAAUUUCUCUGUUCUCCGGGAUUUUGCUCUAGCGUUAAAUGUGAAGCCAUUGAAGACUGUCAGAAUGGGAAAAUAAUACAGAAUGCCUCUUUUUGUAACUGUUGCGAUGCGUGUAUUAAAUUUAUCGAAUCAGAUCAACUAUGUAAGGAAGUUUUUCCUGGAUCAUUAAAAGAAAUUGGACAAAGUGAAUGUCAGAUUGGAUUCAAUUGCUUGAAUGGAAAAUGCGUUUUGGAUGAAUCAAAAAAGAGUUGCUUCUUCAUUAGGAAAGUAAGAUUGCUUCGUAAAGGAAAAGAUGACUACGCAGAAAAUCUGUGGGCUCCGAAAUGCGAUAUUCAAGGGCAUUAUGAAGCUAAACAACACAAGAAAAACAAAAACUUUUGCUUUGGUCAGUCCGGAAAUAGACUUUUUGGUUACGAAGAAAGAGAUGCGUCAGAGCCUAUGGCAUGCCGAUGCUCUCACCAUAUAAAUGAGCUAAAGAAGUUGAACGCGGAAAAGUUUAUGACGGAGCCUCAAGAACACUGUACAAUAUCAGGAAACUUCGAAAGACUACAGUGCAUUACCGAACUAUGCUAUUGUGCAAACUAUCUUACAGGAGAGGUUCUAGGAAAAAUCGUUGCGAAGCGACACAUUGAUAAAUUACCGUGCUAUGAUGAAAAGACCUCCAGCAAAGAUUACCUGAAGCCUUGCGAGAAGGAGCUUCAGCGACAGCGUUUGCUUCGUUACCAGUUCUUUCAGAAAGGCAUUAAUAUAGUUAGUGAAGACGGCCUCAGAUGUGAUCCAGAUGGAAAUUAUUCACCGAGACAAUGUGACGAAGAAAGGUGUGUGUGCACAGAUCGACUAGGGGUUGGCAUCAGGAGCUACUACAUACAAAUAGAUGAAUACCGAAAACUGUUGACUGAGAUGAAAUGCAAUUGUGCUAGGGAUUUGAUAAGUGCGACAUCGCAUAUGCAGUUUUCAAGAUUCAAAUGCAAAGGUUUUGGAAAUUACGAUCUUUUACAAUGCUUUGAUGAGAGUGAAUGCUUUUGCAUCGAUGAAGAUGGAGACAUUACAUCGAAACCUAUUAAGAAAAAAGACUUGAAUGAAACAGUUUGCUUAGAAAUGUUGGAGCAACUCAAUACUUUGUAUGAUGAAAGCACUACUAGUUCAACACAUACAUUAGACGAAACUAGUACUACUGAUGAUUAUGACUAUUCCAACUAUGAUGAAUAUGACUGA